AUGACGACAAGCAAUACUCAGGGUCCACAAAGCAGUAAGACUAUCGGUGUCUUAGCACUACAAGGUGCAUUUAUUGAACAUAUCCAACAUUUAAACCGAUGCAUAGAACAAAAUAGCUACAACCUAAAGGUUAUAGCGGUAAGAACGGCUGAAGAGUUAAAUCAAUGCGAUGCUCUUGUUAUUCCAGGUGGUGAAUCUACCUCGAUGUCAUUAAUCGCUCAAAGAACAGGGAUGUACCAACCACUUUACGAAUUUGUUCAUAAUCCUUCCAAAGCCAUCUGGGGUACAUGUGCGGGCUUAAUCUAUAUCUCUAAGGAAGUUUCCAAUGAGAAAGACUUGUUAAAACCAUUAGAACUCCUAGAAGUUAAAGUUAAGAGAAACGCAUUUGGUAGACAGGCUCAGUCUUUUAUCAAAGAUUGCGAUUUUUCCAGUUUUGCUCCAGGCGUUCACGAUUUCCCAGCUGUUUUCAUUAGAGCUCCCGUUAUUGAAGAAAUUUUAGAUCCUAAGCAUGUGAAGCCACUUUACUCUUUGGAUAACGGAUUGAUUGUAGCUGCCGUUCAAAAUGAAAACAUUUUGGCCACUUCAUUCCACCCAGAACUGGCGGAAGAUGAUAUUAGAUUCCACGAUUGGUUCAUCAAAAGGUUUGUUAUCAAACAAUAA